CCUAUCUUUCCUCCGUAUCUGAUCAUUGUUUGUUCUCUCCGAAGAGAAAUAAAGACAUGGGUUGUUGUCUCACUAAGGACAAAGCUCCAGAGCCACAGCAAAAUGGGUACAGAUUUGGGGGUGCGAAUGACCAGAGACCCCAUGAACAACAGCACCCCAAACCAGUCCAGAAGUUGGACACAAUCCUGGGCCAGCCCUAUGAAGAUGUCAAGUCUUACUAUACACUUGGGAAAGAACUAGGUAGAGGUCAGUUUGAUGUCACUUAUCUCUGUACUGAGAUUUCCACUGGUAGGCAAUAUGCUUGUAAGUCCAUUUCAAAGAGGCAGCUUGUGUGCAAGAAUGAUAAGGAGAGCGUGAGAAGGGAGAUUCAGAUCAUGCAGCAUUUGAGUGGCCAGCCCAAUAUAGUGGAGUUCAAGGGUGCUUAUGAGGACCGGAAAUCGGUCCACCUUGUAGUGGAGCUCUGUGCCGGUGGCAACCUUUUCGAAAGGAUCAUCGCCAAGGGUCACUACAGCGAGAGAGCAGCGGCUACAGUCUGUAGGGAGAUUGUCAAUGUUGUUCAUGCCUGCCAUUUCAUGGGUGUUAUGCAUAGGAAUCUCAAGCCCGAGAGCUUCUUGUUGGUUAGCAAGGAUGAGAAUGCCCACUUGAAGGCUACAGAUUUCGGAUUGUCCGUGUUCAUCGAAGAAGGCAAGGUGUACCGGGAUAUUGUCGGGAGUGCUUACUAUGUUGCUCCUGAGGUUUUGCGGUGCAAUUACGGGAAGGAAAUAGACAUUUGGAGUGCAGGAGUCAUACUUUAUAUCCUACUCAGUGGCGUGCCUCCAUUCUGGGCUGAAACAGAGAAGGGGAUAUUUGAUGCGAUACUGCAAGGGGAUAUCGAUUUUGAAAGUCAACCAUGGCCAACUAUAUCCACUAGUGCUAAGGACCUGGUCAAGAAAAUGUUAACGAAGGACCCAAAGAAAAGGAUUACUUCUGCACAGGUUUUAGAGCAUCAUUGGAUUAAGGAAGGUGGAAAUGCAUCAGACAAGCCAAUAGACAGUGCUGUCCUUUCAAGAAUGAAGCAAUUCAGAGCAAUGAACAAGUUGAAGAAACUUGCAUUGAAGGUAAUCGCUGAAAAUCUAUCUGAAGAAGAUAUUCAAGGGUUGAAAGCAAUGUUUGCGAAUAUGGAUACCGACAAGAGUGGAACGAUCACCUAUGAGGAGCUGAAGACUGGAUUGGCUCGGCUUGGAUCGAAGCUCACAGAGGCAGAAGUAAAGCAGCUGAUGGACGCAGCUGAUGUGGAUGGAAACGGAAGUAUUGACUACAUUGAGUUCGUAACAGCUACAAUGCAUAGACACAAGCUAGAGUCAGAUGAACAUCUUUACAAAGCCUUCCAGCAUUUCGAUAACGAUAAUAGUGGGUUCAUCACAAUGGAUGAAAUUGAGACAGCCAUGAGAAGAUAUGGAAUGGGAGAUGAAGACACCAUUAAAGAUAUUAUGGCCGAAGUUGACACAGACCAUGACGGCAGAAUCAACUACCAGGAGUUCUGUGCAAUGAUGAGAAGUGGAAACCAAAACCAGGGGAGCAAGGAGUACCGGGAUUUUGUCGGGAGUGCUUACCAUGUUGCUCCUGAGGUUUUGCGGCGCAAUCAUGGGAAGGAAAUAGACAUUUGGAGUGCAGGAGUCGUACUUUAUAUCCUACUCAGUGGCGUGCCUCCAUUCUGGGCUGAAACUGGGAAGGAGAUAUAUGACGCGAUACUGCAAGGAGAUACUGAUUUUGAAAGUCAACCAUGGCCAACUAUAUCCACUAGUGCUAAGGACCUGGUCAAGAAAAUGUUAACGAAGGACCCGAAUAAAAGGAUUACUUCUGCACAGGUUUUAGAGCAUCAUUGGAUUAAGGAAGGCGGAAAUGCAUCAGACAAGCCAAUAGACAGUGCUGUCCUUUCAAGAAUGAAGCAAUUCAGAGCAAUGAACAAGUUGAAGAAACUUGCAUUAAAGGUAAUCUCUGAAAAUCUAUCUGAAGAAGAUAUUCAAGGGUUGAAAGCAAUGUUCGCGAAUAUGGAUACCGACAAGAGUGGCACGAUCACCUAUGAGGAGCUGAAGACUGGAUUGGCUUGGCUUGGAUCGAAGCUCACAGAGGCAGAAGUGAAGCAGCUGAUGGAAGCAGUUGAUGUAGAUGGAAACGGAAGUAUUGACUACAUUGUGUUCAUAACAGCUACAAUGGAUAGACCCAAGCUAGAGAGUGAUGAACAUCUUUACAAAGCCUUCCAGCAUUUCGAUAAGGAUAAUAGUGGGUUCAUCACAAUGGAUGAAAUUGAGACUGCCAUGAGAGGAUAUGGAAUGGGAGAUGAAGACACCAUUAAAGAUAUCAUAGCCAAAGUUGACAGAGACAAUGACGGUAGAAUCAACUACCAGGAGUUCUGCGCAAUGAUGAGAAGUGGCAACCAACGCCAGGGGAGACUCUUCUAGGCACCAAUCAACAACUACGGGUGCCCUUUCACGUCUACAGAUGAACUAUUGUAAAUUGAAGUUAUGCAAUCUAAAAUUUGGAAGCCGUUUCUUGACCUGGAAAGUUGAUUUUGCUUCGAGAUUUAUUUUUGUUCGCCUGAGAUGCCAAAUAGAGGCACGCAACUCAUGGCAUUUUUUUUGGGCCUUUCGUACGGUUCAUUUUUGUACUGUUAAUUUCUUGAAGAUCACUGUGAGAGCAGAUGUCAUUUGAAAACACAGCCUGGCUGAAGAAGCUGCUUCUUUACUGUUGUAAAUAAUGGUAAAAUCCUCUCUUUUGAAGCUUCAUGAUUCCGAAACCUGAGAGUGGCAAACCCGAGUACGGAGGAACAUUGACUUUGCUUGCAGUUUUUU